AUGGCCGACCCCGAGGCCCCGCGAGCCGCCCCAGAGGAUUUGGAGAAGCCUGCGCUCAUGGACGAACACGACGAACCCAUAUCGCCCGUAACAGACGAAAAGAUUGAUGGUGUGGAUACAGCGUCUGAGCAGGAAGCGGAAGACGACUCUCCAGCACCACAGACACCACAGGAACAGCCGGAACAACCCACACCUGCGCCCUCAACUCCCACGCUGAAUGUCCCCAAUGGAACAGACGCGCCGCGCUCCUCGGAGCAAAUGUUCGAUCACCGUAUACCCAUCGGAGUCCGAUCACGAACAGACUCGCAGUCAACAGUCGCGACCACAGCCACAAAACCGUCGACUCGAUCCUCUCUCGUAUUCGUGGUUGCUGCGCUGGAGACAAUCGCAGCUUCCAAAGAUGCGAGGAAGAAUAAGAAGCUCGGAGAUGCUACCCAAGCAGCGUUGACUGCGAUCAAGCAGGAGGGUGACCCGGCGCGCAUCAACCCCGAGAUCCUCUUCGAACCGCUCCAGCUCGCCUCAGAGGCGCCCAAUGUCCCCGUCUCCAUCACAGCGCUCGACUGCAUCGGCAAGCUAAUCAGCUACUCCUACUUUUCCGUCCCUUCCGAACCACAAGCCGACCAAAGCGAGAUACCGCCGUUGAUAGAGCGAGCUAUAGACACAAUCUGCGACUGCUUCCAGGGCGAGGCAACACACCCAGACAUACAACUGCAGAUUGUCAAGUCACUCCUAGCCGCCAUUUUGAACGACAAGAUUGUCGUACAUGGAGCAGGAUUGCUCAAGGCUGUGCGAUUGACGUACAACAUCUUCCUCCUAUCAAAGUCGAGUGCCAACCAACAGGUAGCGCAGGGCGCCCUGACCCAAAUGGUUGGCACUGUUUUUGAGCGGGUCAAGGGACGACUUGCCAUUAAGGAGGCGCGGCUCAAUCUGUCGCGAGUGUCACUGGAUGAGAAGGAUCAAUCGGAAGAGAGCGUGCGAGAAGAGGUAGAAGGUAGUACACAAGGUGUCGAUGGCUCCGAGGUCGGCGGAGAGAAAGAGGAAGAAGACGACCAGGACACCGAGCCAGCCGAACCCAGUGACAAAGCCGUCGAUAUGCACAUUGGCCCCAAGAUCACUUUGCAAAGUUUCGAAAAUAACAUGAGCUUCAACGAUGACCGAAUACACGACAACGCCCCAACCCUAGUGACUCGCAUCAAGGGCAAAGCCGGCUCGAGACACGUGUCAGGACACGACACCUCCCCGGCUGCGAACGUCGGUCAUGAGCACACGGAAGAAGAGGAAGAAGACGAGAUCUUCGUCAAAGAUGCAUACCUUGUUUUCAGAGCCAUGUGUCGAUUGAGUACCAAAGGCCUGUCAGUCGACCAUGCCCAAGAUGUACGAUCGCAAGGCAUGAGAUCGAAACUUCUUUCGUUGCACAUGAUCCACACCAUACUUUUCAACAACAUUGCUGUCUUCGUGUCGCCGUAUGCCACCAUCCGGAGUGGCAGUGGUGAUGAGCCAACCAGUUUUAUUCAAGCAGUCAAACAGUACCUCUGUUUGAGCUUAAGUCGAAAUGGGGCGAGUUCGAUCAAGCACGUGUUCGAAGUAGCUUGCGAAAUCUUCUGGCAGAUGCUCAAAUAUCUGCGCAUCUCGCUCAAGAAAGAGGUGGAAGUGUUCUUAAAGGAGAUUUAUCUCGCAACGCUAGACAAACGAAGUGCCCCUGCGUUCCAGAAGCAAUACAUCUUAAUCAUAUUCGGAAGAUUGGCUGCAGACCCUCGAGCACUGGUCGAAAUCUAUUUGAACUACGAUUGCGACCGCACUGCGCUUGACAACAUGUACCAGCGUGUUGUUGAACAUCUCUCGAAAAAAACAAGUAAUCCAGUCGCAAUCACACCCAUGCAACAACAAGCAUACCAAGACCAGCGAGAGAAACAAGCGAGGCAGGUGGAUUGGCAAAGCCGGGGAACAUUGCCCCCAUCGCUGACGACGGUAUCCAUGAAUACGCCUCAUGACACGGAGCAUGCGUAUCCUCAGGAAUACGCGAUGAGGCAAGAAUCGCUAGAGGCGCUUGUGGGAAUCCUACGAUCACUUGUCAAUUGGGCUCAACAGUCUCUUCCGGAGAGCGACAAGCCAAACAACCCGGACUUGCGACCUUCGUUUGACGAUCUCCGAAUCUCAACGGACACGCGUACCAUCUCCGAAUCACCAAACGUGGGCGUGGAAUCUGGCACCGUCACACCUUUAGCUGAGGAUGAUUACGGUCAGCUAGAGAAAGCAAAGCAGAGAAAGAUAGCGCUCACGAAUGCGUGUCGCCAGUUCAAUUAUAAACCAAAGCGUGGAAUAAAGACACUGAUCGCCGAAGGGUUCAUCGCUUCAGACUCGCCUGAAGAUAUCGCUCGAUUUCUCCUUAAUAAUGAUCAACUGGAAAAGGCGGCACUUGGAGAGUUUCUCGGCGAGGGCGACGCUGCGAAUAUUGCCAUCAUGCAUGCAUUUGUGGACUUGAUGGACUUCACAAAAACUCGUUUCACGGAUGCUUUGCGCCAGUUUCUGCAAAGCUUUCGGUUACCCGGUGAGGCCCAGAAAAUCGAUCGCUUCAUGCUCAAAUUCGCCGAACGAUACAUCACUGGCAAUCCUAAUGCAUUUGCCAAUGCCGAUACCGCUUAUAUUCUGUGUUACUCCGUCAUCCUGCUGAACGUGGAUCAACACAGUAAAAAGAUGAAAGGUCCUCGCAUGACGCCAGAAGACUUCAUCAAAAACAAUCGGGGCAUCAAUGACAAUGCAGAUCUGCCCGAAGACUAUCUCCGACGCAUUUUUGACGAGAUUAAUCAAAACGAGAUCGUCGUGACUACCGAGCAGGAGGCUGCUGCAGACAAGGGUUUGAUCAAUCAGCAGCCCACCACUGGGCUCGCAAGCAUCGGUCAGGCUCUUACGGGCGGCGCACGAGACCUGCAGCGGGAGGCAAUCGUACAGGCAUCUGAAGCAAUGGCCAACAAGACCGAACAGUUGUACAAGCAGCUUUUGCGAGCGCAGAGAAGAACAGCAACCACAAUGCCAGUCUCCAAGUUCAUUCCCGCGUCGUCGUCCAAACACGUCGGGCCUAUGUUUGAAGUUACAUGGAUGUCAAUCCUGACCGCUCUCUCCAGUCAGGCCCAAGACCACAAUAUUGAGAUCGUGCGACUGUGCAUCGAAGGCAUCAAGUUGUCAAUAAGAAUCUCAUGCCUCUUCGACCUCGAGAGCUCCCGCCAGGCCUUUGUUUCCUUCCUUGCGCGAUUCACUAACCUCUAUAACCUGAGCGAGAUGACGACAAGAAACAUGGAGGCUCUGAAAACACUGAUUGAGAUCGCACAUACCGAAGGAAAUCUACUGCGCGAAUCCUGGCGCGAAAUACUCACAUCUGUUUCUCAGCUUGAUCGCUUCCAGCUCAUCUCGGCAGGUAUAGAUGAACGCUCCGUGCCCGACGUUCUCAAGUCGAACGCGAGUACACCACAGUCUCGCAAAUCCCUCAAUGCUCCGAGUAAUCGUCGGCGUCCGACCUCCAAUGCCAAUAGUAACCACUUCCAGGCUGAUGUGGCUGAAGAAAGCAGAUCAGCAGAAAUUGUCAGAGGAGUGGACCGCAUUUUCACCAACAGUGCAAAUCUGUCUGGGGAAGCUAUUGUCGACUUCGUCAAAGCGCUUACCCAAGUCAGCUGGCAAGAAAUCCAGUCAUCAGGCCAGAGCGAGUCUCCCCGAACUUACAGUCUGCAGAAGUUGGUCGAAAUCAGUGGCUACAACAUGACCCGUGUACGUUUCGAGUGGACCAACAUCUGGCAAGUACUGGGGACUCACUUCAAUGAGGUGGGCUGCCAUACUAAUACCAAUGUCGUCUACUUUGCCCUCAACUCGUUGCGCCAAUUGUCGAUGAAGUUCAUGGAGAUAGAGGAGCUUCCAGGUUUCAAGUUUCAAAAGGACUUCCUCAAGCCGUUUGAGCACAUCAUCAGCAACGCCAGUGUUGUCUCUGUAAAGGACAUGGUGCUGCGUUGCUUAAUUCAAAUGAUACAGGCGCGAGGAGAGAAUAUCCGGUCUGGCUGGAAAACCAUGUUCGGCGUCUUCACCGUGGCCGCCAAAGAACCAUAUGAGGCAAUUGUCAAUCUCGCGUUUGAGAACGUGACGCAAGUGUACAACACCCGGUUUGGUGUAGUCAUUUCACAAGCAGCGUUCGCAGACCUCAUCGUGUGUCUUACCCAGUUCUCCAAAAAUUACAAGUUCCAGAAGAAGUCGUUACAAGCAAUCGAGUUACUGAAGUCAUCGGUACCCAAGAUGCUCAGGACGCCAGAGUGCUCGCUAUCUGCCCGCGCCGGGUACCUCAAAGAGUCGGACAAGGGCUCGACAAUACCAAAACAACCUAGCCGCCAAACUCAGGAAGAACAGUUCUGGUUCCCUGUCUUGUUCGCCUUCCAUGACGUCCUGAUGACUGGUGAAGACCUUGAGGUGCGGUCAAGAGCCUUGAGCUAUUUGUUUGAUACCCUCAUAAGCUACGGUGGUGACUUCCCGCGAGAGUUCUGGGACAUGCUUUGGCGGCAGCUGCUAUAUCCCAUCUUCAUGGUUCUGAAGUCGAAUUCCGAGAUGACGAAAGUGCUGAAUCACGAGGAACUGUCAGUCUGGCUCUCAACAACCAUGAUUCAGGCUCUACGGAACAUGGUCAAACUGUUUACCCACUUCUUCGAAUCGCUCGAAUAUAUGCUCGACCGUUUCCUCGAUCUUCUUGCGCUGUGUAUCUGUCAGGAGAACGAUACCCUGGCACGGAUUGGUAGCAACUGCCUCCAACAGCUUAUUCUGCAAAACGUGCAGAAGUUCCAGCCGAAACACUGGAGUCAAAUCGUCAAAGCAUUUGUGGAGCUCUUUCAACGAACUGAAGCGACGGCACUCUUCUCUGCUGCCACAAGUGGCUCGUCAUCUCAGCAGACGCCGAUGAAUGGUAUAUAUGACACUUCAGAAGUCCAGACACCGACGGCAGAAGUACCGGGCGAGCUUCCAUUGCAAACUCCCUCGCAGGAACCGAAGCCCGACAAUGCACUUGGUAUCAACGGUCUUGGAAAUCCUCGACGACCGUCCCUUAUCACGUCGGACUCUUCCAGUGUUGUCGGCGCCGACAUGCCCUCACCCCUCCCCAAGCGGCAAACCCAGGAACUCGAAGACUAUCGUCCGGACAACCAAGACCUCCAACAACCACCUAUUGUUGUUACUGCCGCACGCCGCCGCUUCUUCAAUCAGAUCAUCACAAAAUGCGUCCUCCAACUCCUCAUGAUCGAAACCGUUCAAGAACUCUUCACAAACGAAGCCGUCUACGAGAAGAUCCCCUCGGGCGAACUUUUACGUCUUAUGGCCGUCCUCAAGAAAUCUUAUCACUUCGCCAAGCGCUUCAAUGCAGACCGAGACCUGCGAUCCCGUCUCUUCCGCGAAGGCUUCAUGAAGCAGCCGCCCAACCUCCUCAAACAGGAAUCGGGAUCUGCGUCUGUAUAUGUGAGUAUAUUGUUUAGGAUGUACCACGAUACAUCUACCGACCGUGCGGCUUCUCGCGCCGACACGGAAGCCGCACUCAUACCUCUCUGCGAGGAUAUCAUUGCAUCUUACAUUGAACUCGACGAGGAGACACAACAGCGUAAUAUUGUCACUUGGCGGCCUGUGGUUGUCACAGUACUUGACGGAUACACCGGCUUCCCAACUUCAGAGUUUGAGAAGAAUGUCGAUAUUUUUGCGCCGCUGGUUGUGGGCUUGCUUGGUACAGAAAUGGCGCCCGAUGUCCAGCGUUCCGUGCAAGCGCUCGUUAUGCGCAUCUUUGAGAUUAAAUUGGGUACAGACAAGGUGCCGCUUAUGACGCCUAUCACGAGAAGUCCUAGAGGAAGUUUUGUUGGGAGUCCGAUCCAACGGAGAGCUAGUCGAUCGGGGCGAUAA